CGGUUGGCGCGUCCCUGAAUUAAAGUAAAAAAAAAAGGUUUAUUAAACAAAAAACAUUUACAUAGCAAAAAAGUUGUAUCUUUUAUUCACGGUGGCGAAGAGUCUUUGUUUAUUAAAAAUUCGCUUCCUUUUAAGUUGACAUAAACAAGGGCGGGAAUGAAAAAAUUGUGAUGAUUUUUUAGUUGUUAUUUCUAUUUUUUAAGUCUAAGUAUGGAUUCAGAAUCGGGAAAGAGUGUAUUGACAAACUCACAAGCAGAAGCUCUCAACAAAGUCUUUAAAUUUGCUGAUGUUGAAGAAACUGGCAGGGUCGAUGUGGCCACUAUCACUACAUUGGCUGUACAGCUAAUGGGGCCAAACUUUAGUGAAACAGAAAAGGAAAUAGUGAAUAAAAAAUCAGAAGCUCGAUCAGAAAAAGGAAUGCUAUCAUACAACAACUUUCUCAAUAUUAUGUUGGAAACAAUGGGAAUGACUACACAAUGGGGUGUCAAAUUAAAAACACCUGUAGAUGGUUAUGUUGGCUUUGAUUCUAUCCAAGAACAACUGAGACUUAAUGCGUUGAAACGAGGCUUUGAGUUUAACAUUAUGGUUGUUGGUUCUGCAGGGUUAGGUAAAUCAACAUUGAUCAAUACUCUGUUUAAAACACGUGCAGCACGAGCUAGUUGUACCACUGAAACCAAUACUAUUCCCAAAACAGUAGAAAUAAAAACUAUUACUCAUGUUCUAGAAGAAAAAGGUGUUAAUUUAAAACUUACAGUAACCGACACACCUGGCUUUGGCGAUCAAAUUAACAAUAAAGAUUGUUGGGAGCCAGUUGUUGGUUACAUAAAUCGCCAGUAUGACAUUUAUUUAAAUGAAGAGAUAAGUAUUAACAGAAGAAUUAAAAUUCCUGACAAUCGUGUACAUUGCUGUCUUUAUUUCAUUUCCCCAACAGGUCACAGAUUAAAGCCUCUUGAUAUUCUGGUUAUGAAACACUUAGAUAAAUGUGUUAAUGUCAUUCCUGUCAUUGCAAAAGCAGAUACAUUGACAUUAGAAGAACGAGAGGCCUUCAAAAGCAGGAUAAGAGAAGAUAUUAUGUUAAACAACUUGAAUAUCUAUCCAAUAAUGCACUCUAAUCUAACUGAAGAAGAAGUUAAAAUGAAUAAUCGUGUCAAGGAGCAAAUUCCUUUUGCAGUAGUGGGAAGCGAUAGAUACGUAAGUGUUGGAAAUAAAAACGUUCUCGGAAGAAAAACUAAAUGGGGCGUCAUAGAAGUUGAGAAUCGUGCUCAUUGCGAGUUUCCAUUGCUUAGAGAUCUUUUAAUCAAGACGCACAUGGAAGAUAUGAUUGAAGUAACAAAAAUAACUCACUACGAAAAUUAUAGAAGAAUUAAACUGACUGAAAAACAAGAUGCCGCAUUUCAUGUCAUAAAAGAUGUUGUUUAAUUGGGUCAGAUGUUUGAAAUCUUUUUCUCCAACGUUUUCAAAUGUAUAAUAAAUAAAAUAUUUUAUUAAUUAGAUAAGUAAAAAAAAUAAUUUAAACGGCAGUUGUUGUAACAACGGAAUAUCUGUCGUGUAUCUGUUAUCGUGUUUGUUUUUAUAAAAAAUGUAAUUUAAGCGACAGUUGUUGUGACGACGGAGUACCUGUCGUGUAUCUGUUAUCAUGUUCGUUUUUAUAAAAAUAAAAAAAUAAUCUAGAUAUUAAAAUCGAAAGAAAAUUUUUUUAAGCUUUAUCA